UGACCGGUGUUGUGCCUUCGCAGGUUUGGAAGUUAGUGGCUGGAAGGGUCUGGGCCGAUUGCAGUUUUGUCUCCUUUUUUACCCGACCUUCCUCCGAGUCUGUCUUUCCUUUGCAGCCUGCUUUCCCCACCUCCGGCUGCCUUUGAGACUCACGAAAGAGGCUCUCGGAAGGUUCAUAAGGAGAUAAAGAAGGUAGUGGAAACACCUUACUGAGCUUUACAGGCUCUAAAUGGCUGAAGAAUCAAGAAAGCUUUCAGCUUCAUGUCCACCAGAUCAGACUCCUGAAGAGGACCUUGUAAUUGUCAAGGUAGAGGAAGAUCAAGGGUGGGACCAGGAAUCUAGACUGCAUGAAAAUAACCCUCCUGGCCAAGAACUCUUCCGUCUGCGGUUCAGGCAGUUAUGCUACCAGGAGACACUGGGACCCCGAGAAGCUCUGAUCCAACUCCGGGCACUUUGCCAUCAGUGGCUGAGGCCAGAUUUGAACACCAAGGAGCAAAUCCUGGAGCUGUUGGUGCUGGAGCAGUUCUUGACCAUCCUACCUGAGGAGCUUCAGUCUCUGGUUAAGGAACAUCAGCUAGAGAGUGGAGAGGAGGUGGUGACUCUACUAGAGGAUUUGGAAAGACAGAUUGAUAUACUGGGACGACCAGUCCCAGCUCGUGUACAUGGACAUAGGGUACUCUGGGAGGAAGUAGUACAUUCAGAAUCUGCACCAGAUGCUCCAUGUACUCAGCUCCAGCCUGCGGCAAUCCAAUACAAAUCUCCAGUGCCCCAUGGACCACAAGAGAGAGCCUUGUCUACUUCUCAGAGUUCUACCCCUUCCCAGAAAGGAAGUUCUGGAGACCAGGAAAUGACAGCUACACUUCUCACAGCAGGUUUCCAGACUUUGGAGAAGAUCGAAGACAUGGCUGUGUCCCUUAUUCGAGAGGAGUGGCUUCUUGAUCCAUCACAGAAAGAUCUGAGUAGAGAUAACAAGCCAGAGAAUUACAGAAACAUGUUCUCCCUGGGUGGUGAGAACAGGAAUGAGAACAGGGAAUUAGCUUCGAAACAGGUAAUAUCUACUGGAAUCCAACUACACGGAGAGACAGCUGCCAAAUGCAACGGGGAUGUUAUCGGGGGUCUUGAGCAUGGAGAAGCCCGAGAUCUUCUGGGCAGAUUAGAGAGGCAGCGGGGAAAUCCCACACAAGAGAGACGACAUAAAUGUGAUGAAUGUGGGAAAAGCUUUGCUCAGAGUUCAGGCCUUGUUCGCCACUGGAGAAUCCACACUGGGGAGAAACCCUAUCAGUGUAAUGUGUGUGGUAAAGCCUUCAGUUACAGGUCAGCCCUUCUUUCUCAUCAGGAUAUCCACAACAAAGUAAAACGCUAUCAUUGUAAAGAGUGUGGUAAAGCCUUCAGUCAGAACACAGGCCUGAUCUUGCACCAGAGAAUCCACACUGGGGAGAAGCCAUAUCAGUGCAAUCAGUGUGGGAAGGCUUUCAGUCAGAGUGCGGGCCUUAUUCUACACCAGAGAAUCCACAGUGGGGAGAGACCCUAUGAAUGUAAUGAGUGUGGGAAAGCUUUCAGUCAUAGCUCACACCUCAUUGGACAUCAGAGAAUCCACACUGGGGAGAAGCCCUAUGAGUGUGAUGAGUGUGGGAAAACCUUCAGGCGAAGCUCACAUCUUAUUGGCCAUCAGAGAAGUCACACUGGGGAGAAACCCUACAAAUGCAAUGAGUGUGGGAGGGCUUUUAGUCAGAAGUCAGGCCUUAUUGAACAUCAGAGAAUCCACACUGGAGAAAGACCUUAUAAAUGUAAAGAAUGUGGGAAAGCUUUCAAUGGGAACACUGGUCUCAUUCAACAUCUGAGAAUCCAUACAGGGGAGAAACCCUAUCAAUGUAAUGAAUGUGGGAAAGCCUUUAUUCAGAGGUCAAGUCUCAUUCGACAUCAGAGAAUUCAUAGUGGUGAAAAAUCUGAAUCUAUAGGAGUUUAUGAAAAGCUUCAGUCAUAGUCUGAGCUUUAUUCAGCAUUAGAGAA